CAAUGAUAUACAAAUCAGCUGCUGUCAGGGCGGGUCGGUCACGUGAUCAUGCCAGUCCCUUCAGACAGAAUGAACCGGUGAGAAUCUCGCACGCCCUCGUGUUUCCUGCAUCUCUCCGUGUUUGAGGAUCUCAUGGCUGCUGUUUGGCAGCAGGUGCUGGCAGUGGACGCAAGGUACAAUGCUUACCGCACACCUACGUUCCCCCAGUUCCGCACACAGUACAUCCGCCGGCGCAGCCAGCUGCUCCGCGAGAAUGCCAAGUGUGGCUUUGAGCCGGGGCUGCGCAGGCAGUAUCUGCGUCUGCGCAGUCAGUUGCUCGCCCUGCGUUACGGGCCUCUGUCAGAGCAGAGCAGCUUCAGAGCCAGCAGUGUGCGCAGUUCCCGCACCACACUGGAUCGCAUGGAGGACUUCGAGGAGGAUCCCAGGGCUCAGGGUGCCAGAGGCCACCGGAGAUCAGUAAGCCGCGGUUCAUACCAGCUACAAGCGCAGAUGAACAGGGCGGUGUAUGAUGAAAGGCCUCCAGGUAGCCUGGUGCCCACUUCGGUGGCAGAAGCCAGUCGGGCCAUGGCAGGUGACACCACCCUCAGUGAGAACUACGCCUUUGCCGGCAUGCAUCACAUCUUUGACCAGCAUGUCGACUCAGCUGUUCCCCGAUUGCAGUUUGCCAAUGAUGAUAAACACCUCCUCGCUUGCUGCUCAUUGGAUGGAACAUUGUCAAUCAUGACACUGUCCCCGCCUCCACCAACUGUAAAGGUGACACUGAAGGGCCAUGCUGGGCCUGUGACUGACUUUGCCUGGUCACUUAGCAAUGACAUCAUUGUGUCCACAUCAAAAGAUGGCACUCUGCGUAUCUGGAACACAGAGGAUGGCCGCUGCAUCCGGGAGGUGGUCGACCCAGAAGGCAGUGAGCUGCUGUGCUGCACUUUUCAGCCCAUGAACAACAACCUGACUGUGGUUGGCAACAGCAAACAUCACCUGCAGGUGGUGAACAUCUCCACUGGGAAGAAAGUGAAAGGAGGCUCCAGUAAACUGACCGGUCGAGUGCUUUCUCUCUCGUUUGAUGCACCAGGGAGAAUCCUGUGGGCUGGGGAUGACAGGGGAAGCAUUUUCUCCUUCCUCUUUGACAUGGCCACAGGAAAACUGACCAAAGCUAAGAGACUGGUGGUGAAUGAGGGCAGCUCUAUUUCCAGUAUCUCAGCCCGCUCAUGGAUCAGUCGAGAGGCACGGGAUCCGUCGCUGCUCGUCAACGCCUGUGUAAACAAACUACUGCUCUACAGGGUUGUGGAUAAUGAGGGGACUCUACAGCUGAAGAGGAGUUUCCCCAUCCAACAUGGAUCCCAACCGCUGCACAGCAUCUUCUGUCCUCUCAUGUCCUUCAGACAGGGAGCCUGUGUUGUCACUGGCAGUGAGGACGCAUGUGUCUACUUUUUCGACGUCGAACGCAACACUAAGGCCAUCGUUAACAAGCUGCAGGGUCACAGCGUGCCCGUCCUGGACGUGAGCUUCAACUGCGACGAAAGCCUGCUGGCCUCCUCUGACGCCACCGGAAUGGUGAUCAUCUGGAGACGGGAGCAGAAGUAAUCACGGCAACUCCCAAGCUUUCGCUACCUUGGCAACAGCAUCUUCCAUGCAGGCUGGCUUGAAUCACGUGCAAUGAAAGUCCUACUGUAAAUGUGUGAUGAUGUUUUGAAUGAGUCUGAGCUAACUCAUGUGGACCAUGAAAGAAACUUGUAUUCUUUUAUCUUUGUUUUAGGGCUGAUAUUUCUAUUGUUGUUGUUCUGGGAUGUGAUGCUUGAUUGCGACUAUGUGCACUUCAUCAGUGCUUUGCGGUCAUAAAUGUGUAACUUAAGAGAGGAGACGUUAAUAUAAUACUUUGUUCACCUUUGUGCAUUGUGUGUCUUUGUGAGUAAGUGUGUGAGAAUUGGGAACGUUUGAGACAGCGGGUAACUGAAGUUGUGUUCGCUUGCACAAUAACACUACUGUAUUUAUGCCUUGUUGAACUCAAUAAAUUUAAUCACACUAAGCUACA